AUGCCUAGGAGGGGGAGGAGAUCUGGUAUUAGCUUUAUUGAGGAUGAUAAAGACCGUAGCAUCACAUUCUUUAAGCGGCGUUCUGGGCUUCAUAAAGCCGCAGCUGACAUGUCCGCCCUCACUGGCGCGAGAAUUGCUGUUGUAGCGGAGUCUGAAAACGGAAAGAUGUCCGCUUUCGGCACCCCAUCGGCUAACCCCAUUAUUGAUUCUUUCCUUUUAGGGAAUGCACCACCACUCGUCAACGAGGAACAAAUGGAGAGAAUCAGCCAUAUGCAAAAUGAUCUAUUCAAGCUAGAGAAAGACAAAGUCGUGGAGGACAAGAGGAGGAGGUUGUCCAUGACACGUAAAAAGGAGGUCCAGGAAACAUCAAGGUUGGCUAAGCUUAUCUAUGGUGAUGAGAAGGAUCUUGAUCUCGACGAGGUCAAUGAUCUGUUACAUGGGCUCUCACGGGUUCAACAAGAUAUUAACAGUCAGCUGCACACACUGCACCCUGGCUAUCAGCUGGAGAUCGAUAGGGCAAGAGAUCCAUCUCUGCAGCUCUCCUCUUCGAGGCCGCAUUCACAGAUCCAGCUGUCACCAAGACGUUUUUCAUGUACUCCGUUACAGCCAUCCUCCGACCUUCCGCGAUCGUCAUGGCUUCUUCCAUCGUCGUCCAGGUUGCAGUCCUCUCUUCUGAAUCCAGUCAUGUUGCCAUCACCACAAACGCGGCUGCUACAACACCAGGCACAUAAGAUGAAACUACCUAAUGAAUCGCACCAGUACAACAACCAUUUCUCACAAUAUUUCUCAAGGUCUACCCUACUACCUUCACAGCCACCACCACUAGCAAUAGCACCCACAUCAUCAUCGCACAUUCCAUUGUCCAAUGAUUUUCCUCCUCUAUCACCGCCCCUACAACUUCCACAGCCAAUGCCUUCACAAGUUGAGCUUCCUUUCGGAGCACAAAAUUUCAACCCAGUGGCACCACCUCAAAACCAUUCAAACACUCACAAUUUUGCUGUUGGAAACCCAUUUGCUACUUACCAACCUCCAAUUAUUCCUUCUAAUGAGCCGUACCAUGAUCCUAGCUUACAUGGAUUGAAUGUUUCCUUGGGAAACAAGGGUUAUUGUGGAGGCCAAGCUGCUGAUGGUGAUGACAUGCCUGGACCUUUUGGCCUAUGCAAUGAUUAUUAUGGAGGCCAAGCUGUUGGUGGCCAUGACAUGCCUGGUCCUUCUGGUCUGCACAGUGAUUAUUAUGGAGGCCAAGCUGCUAGUGGUCAUGACAUGCCUGGUCCUUCUGGCCUGCAUCAGCAACCUUAUGAUUGGCUAAAAACAAUUUUGUUUGAGUCCUCUUCUGAUGGAGAAAGCAGCUCUGGGUGA